UCCCUCAAGCGUCUACGUGUGUCAAGGCUGGUUGACGCGCAGCACUGGAAGUCCUGUCAAACGUGAACGCAGUCAGUCAGAGCAGAGCUGAGCAGCUCAAGCCGUCAGCGGUUAAUCUUGAGCGGAUGAGGCGGCCGGUUUAACUCCGAGGUCAGAAUGCAGUUCCUGGGCCGCAUCAUUGGGACGGUGAGCAAUGUGUUCACCAACCCAUACCGGGUUCGGGAGGUCCAGCUGGCGGACUACAGGAGUAAGGUGAAGAUGAAGCAGGAUGGGAGGGUGAUGCUGUACAGGGACACUUCCUCCCAAGCCUGGGACUGCGUCCUCAUCGUGCCCGACAACCCAGUUAUGGCACUGAGGUUGUUCCAGGUGUCGUCAGAGGAGGACGCCGCCAACUGGUUCCCCCAGUACGCCCUCAAGCUCCGCCCCUUUUACGAAACCCUCCGUCCGCCUCUCAAACCCGAGACGCUCCAGCCGAUAGUAGAUUGUCUGCGGAACCACCCGGACUGGAGCUCCGCCCACAUUGCUGUGGACACCGGCCUGCGGGAUUGCCUGAAGCACAACCAUGUUUUGAGUCAGAUGAACGUGCGGGACUCACAGGGCCAGACUCCGCUGCACCUGGCUUGUGAGCGCGGCGAGACUGGCUGCGUGCGAGAGCUGCUAGAGGAAUGCCGGGCUCGCACCGACAUCCGAGACAAGAACGGUGACACGCCCAUGCACUGCGCUGCCAAGCAGGACUCGGCCGUCAUCGUGGAGGUGCUGUGCUCUCAGAUGUGUGCCGGCGUGAACGAGCUGAACCACGCUGGAGAGACGCCGCUACACAUUGCGUGCCGCUUGGGAAAGACCGAGGCGGCCAGGGCGCUGAUGGGCGGCGGGGCUCGUUGCAACACCAUCGGGGGCGUCGGCUACCCGAUCCACACGGCCAUGAAGUACAGUGCCAGGGGCUGUGCCGAAGCCAUUCUGGCUGCUGAUUUUAAUCAGCUGCAGGCCGAGGACCCCGUGUAUGGCGGAACCCCUCUCCACUGGGCCAAGACAGCCGAAAUGAGUCGCCUGCUGCUGGACCACGGCUGCAGCACGAACUACCUCAGCAAGACUGGCGAGAGUGCGUUACACAUCCUGACCAAGAGGGGGCGCUACGAGGCCGCCAUGACGCUGCUCAUCCACGGAGCUGACUCCAACAUGAAGGGCCAGGAUGGAAACACAGCUUUGCAUCUAGCCAUGAAGCUGGACCACAUGGACCUGAUAAAAGCGCUCAUUGUGUUCGGAGCCGAGGUGGAAAUCCACAACGACCUGGGAGAGACGCCGGGACUGAUCGCAGCACGCACCAGCAAGGGCCCCAACCGUAAGGUGUUGCUGAAGAUGCUGCAAUGCGUCGGGGUGGAGCGAUGUGGCCCGCCCUCCCCCGACUUCCCAACCCCCGUCACCAACAGACCUCCACCCCUGUCUAUAGGAAUUAAUGAACUGAUUCACGCGGCGGCCGCCAUCUCCGCCAUGAGCCAAGGGUACGCCGAAGUCGACGGGUUCAGGACGAGCAAAAAGAUGGACAGAUUGCUGUGUCUGGAUGGAGGAGGUAUCAAGGGCCUGGUACUGAUCCAGAUGCUGAUCGCGCUGGAGAGAGAAGCGGGUCGACCCGUCCGAGAACUCUUUGACUGGGUGGCCGGAACCAGCACUGGCGGCAUCCUGGCUCUGGCUGUCACCCACGGUAAAUCGAUGGAGUACCUGCGCUGUCUGUAUUUCCGGAUGAAGGAUCAGGUGUUUAAAGGCUCGAGGCCAUACGAGUCAGCGCCGCUGGAGGAUUUCCUCAAGCAGGAGUUUGGAGAGAACACCAAGAUGACUGAGGUCCAACACCCCAAAGUGAUGGUCACUAGUGUUUUAGCAGACAGACACCCCGGGGAGUUGCACAUCUUCAGAAAUUACGACGCUCCUACUAUACCCCGAGACCCUCCAUACGCUUCCAUGGCCACUUUCAGACCCCUCACCACCCCACAAGGCUGGGAGGAUGAGGAUGUGUUGAUAGUGGGAUACACUCAGGAACCUGUCAGAAAGCGUAGGAAGGUGACUGAUGAAGAACAAGUCGUGUGGCGUGCGGCCCGGUCCAGUGGCGCCGCCCCCACUUACUUUCGACCAAUGGGGCGCUUCCUGGACGGCGGGCUGCUGGCCAAUAACCCCACGUUAGACGCCAUGACUGAGAUUCACCAGUACAACAAAUCACUGAAGGCUCAGGGUCGGGGAGAUGAGGUGUGUCGUCUGGGUGUGGUGGUGUCUUUGGGUACUGGGAAACCUCCGCAGGUGUCGGUAAACUCUGUGGACGUGUUUAGACCCUCGAACCCUCUGGAGCUGGCUAAGAGCUUUGUAGGAGCCAAAGAGUUGGGCAAGAUGCUAGUGGACUGUUGCACUGACUCAGAUGGAUGUGCAGUAGACCGAGCCAGAGCAUGGUGUGAGAUGACAGAUAUAAACUAUCACAGGAUGAGUCCUCAGCUCUCCACCGAGGUUCUUCUGGAUGAAGUGAGCGACGCCGUUCUGGUGAACAUGCUGUGGGAGACGCAGAUGUACCUCUAUGAGAACCGGGAGCUCAUACACACCCUUGCACAGCAGCUUCUGCAGCCCUGACACACACACACACACACACACACACACACACACACACACACACACACACACACACACACACACACACACACACAGAGAGAACACCGGGAGCGCAUACACACACCGUAUCUGCAGACGUGUGUGUGUGUGUAACAGAUCAGCCCAGUGUUACUUAGUCAAUACAUUCACAUAAAAAAUGUUUCCUUUUUAAAAAGGAGUCACAUGACCUGUACUCAAUCAGGGACUGUGAUUGGUCAGUGCACAUUCAGCAGAAAAUCCAAGUUUGACAGUUCACCCGCUGACACGAAACCCUACCACCAUUACUAAUGUUUCUCAGACUGACCAAAGUGUGUGUAAAUGUUUAUAUAUAUUUAUAUAAUUGAAGAGGAACAGGUCAGUAAGACGCAGUGUCUAUGGGGAUUUCCACGUUCGUGGAAAUCGUGACCUCUUUACGCACUCGGCUUCGUUUGAAUUUGCACUUUAUCAUAUGACGCAAAAAAAAAGCAUCUCCAAACCUGCAUGCGCCAGUACGUCACAGAUUUGGUGUUUUGAAGGAAUAGUUUUAGGAAAACUUCUCAAUGUUGUAGCCGCUCGGCCAAGACACGGCUUUCCAACCGUUUCGAUUCUUUCGUUUCAUCCUUGAGGCGCGAGGCGAAUAAGAACGGGGAACAUCGUACCACGUCGGGUUCUUUAACGAUACGGUUUAGGACACGGCACUGUUUGAAUUCUCGAAUCCGAUUGGCCAGAAAGUGUCGCUUUAUUUAUUGAAUUGACUUUAUUUACUUUGACAUUUAAUACAGCUGCAAAUCACUCGUUCUGAUACGUUAUCGUUUCCAUAGUAACGGCUCCUCCACAGCGACUUGUAGUGUACGUAUCUAAAACCGAAGUAUAACCAUAACGUGCGAGUCUAAUUUUUAAUACGGUGAAGUUUUCGUGUCUCGUGUCAGCGCUGAAGGUAGCACAGUAACUUGAAGUUUUUCGAUUUUGCGAUGAUUCAGUAACGUGUCAAUCUGCGUAUUUUUCUCUCAAACGACUGUUUAUAGCUGUUCUAACGUAAGUGUUACAAGGAACGAACUUGUUUCCAGAACUUCACUGUGUUGCUUAAGUACUAUAUAUAAAUAUUUGUUGCAUGUAUUUACAGAUAUUGCGUAACGUAGACUUGUAUUAAUUCUAAGCUACGUUAACCUUGUAUCUAUCACAAGCACGUCUUGGCUAAUUAACUUCAAUUGUGGAAAUGGAAACAAAAUCCUUUAAACCAGUAGAUAUCCAGCGAUCCUGCUCUCUGGUUACAAAGCUCACGUGAUUUCCGCAGGCUUUUCGGAAGUUGGUCAGCUGGUGUGCUGACGGAAGGAAGCUAGAAAGCGCAUCCAGUUUCACGAGCAUGAUCUUCAUUUCUCCGUUUUUUUGUGCCACGUUUUUUUGUAUCCAGUGGCACAAAGUCGGACCUUUAACGCAGACUUGAACAGUCAGUUUACGUCUAUUUACCUGGCCAGACAGGUCCAUUAAUCUUAUGCACGUUUGUUUGUUUGUUUGUUAGUGUGUCGUGGGUCAGUGUGUUUAAUUUGGGCGAGAUUAAAUGAAGUAUUUUAGGAAUUAACACAUCCAGGUUUUAUCUCAAACUUUACAUUUAUGUCCUGACGUUUUGGAUGCUGACGAGCAAAAAAAAAAAAAUCAAUGAGACCUGAAUUUAUCUGGACAUUAGGUAACGUGGUGGUUACUCACAAAACCGUAUUUACCUCUAUUUCUUUUCUUUCUUUUUUUUUAAAGAUUUCUUUCCUCAUCACUGACGUUGUUGUUUAUGAUAAUUUUGAUUUUGUACUCGUUUUAAUUCUGUAUUGAACACAGUAUCUAAUUUAUAUGACCUAUAAAUUCAUUAAAGCGUUAAUAAGUGAA